AUGUCUGCUGAAAAUUGCUUAGUAAAAGCAAUAUAUUCUUUUAAAGGAAAAAAUAAUGAUGAGCUCUGCUUCAAGAAAGGUGACAUUAUUACUGUCACCCAAAAGGAAGAAGGUGGAUGGUGGGAGGGCACAUUAGGUGAAACAACAGGAUGGUUUCCAAGUAACUAUGUUACUGAAUAUAAAGAUACAUCUGGUUCCUUAACAACAUCACCAAUAAGAGCAGCUUCAGAAAUACAAGCUUUUAGAAAUGUAGUACUCAAGGAUAUAAUUGACUCUGAGAAAGCUCAUGUAGCGGAGAUGCAAGGUCUAGUUAGCAAUUUCUUGCAUCCCUUAGAAAAGAGUGACAUGCUAACAAAGGAUGAAUUCAAGCAACUCACUGGAAAUAUUAAUGAAGUAUUGCAAGUCCAUGAGCAAUUCCUUUCAUUAUUAGAAGAAUGUGCAAUGAAGACAGGACCAGACCAGAGAGUUGGUGGUUUGUUUUUACAAUGGGCACCUAAAAUAAAAGCUGUUCAUCAGACCUAUUGUGCUGGUCAUCCUAAAGCUGUUUGUAUCCUAGAUAAAUACAAAGAAGAACUGAACACAUGGAUGGAAAAUGCAGGAGCAGUUUGUCCUGGGGUUUUAGUUUUGACUGCUGGUUUGUCUAAACCAUUUCGCCGGCUAGGAAAGUAUCCAGCUAUGCUGCAGGAAUUAGCCAGGCAUGUGCAUGAGGCCCAUCCUGAUAGAGGAGAUACACAUAGAGCUUCCGUUGUCUAUAAGGAUAUAUCAAGUGGUUGUGCAGCUUUAAGAAGACAAAAGGAAUUAGAACUACAAGUGGUAACGGGUGAAGUGCGAGGUUGGCCGGGUGGAGAGCUGACGUCACUAGGUGAUGUGCUACACAUGGGCAGUGUAGCUGUAGGACCCUCACAUCAAGAUAGAUAUCUCGUGUUGUUCCCUUCUGCUUUACUUCUAUUGUCAGUGAGCAAACGUGUCUCUGCAUUUGUUUAUGAGGGAUGUCUUCCAUUAACUGGUAUUACAGUAUGUAAGUUAGAUGACACAGAUACAAGGAAGAACGCAUUUGAAAUUAGUGGCCCAAUGAUAGAUACAAUAGUAGCUGUGUGCCAAACUAGAGCUGAAGCGGACAAUUGGGUUAGUUUAUUGCAAAAACAUUCAAACAACAGCAGUCCAGCCCACGAAGCAACUCAGCCUCAAUCACUACCACAUUUGACCCGCUCUCCUUCUGAAGGCGCUCUAUCUAGUAUCAACUCUAGUCGUCGAAGUCUCUAUCACGUGACCCUUCCGCCGCCUAGUUACCCUUCCGCCUCACCAUACUAUUCCCUAACGAAAUAUUUUGCGAGGCUCGUCAAAAAAAAAGUUAUCACUAGACAAAUGCUGCGUAAACUUUUACAUGAAAAGACUUGGGCUAAAGCGUUGGAACUCACAGGCUUGCCGGUUAGACGAAGGCAUAAAAACCUUGUUAAGUUAAAGAUUGAAGAUGACGGUACGAUAGGUACUGAAACAGACAGUUCUGACAGUGAAGGGAACUCCGAUAGUGAGAGGGAGAUGGAAACAACAGAAAGUUACUCCAAUUCGAGUUGCACAGACGCCGAAGCCAGUAGCUCGUCUAAAAUAACAAGACAAAAUGCAAUAGACAGUAUUGGUCCAAGGACAAUUUCUUCAUCGUGUAGCAGUUGGGGAAGCAACUUUGGCUACGUUCGAUAUUUUGAUACUUCCACAGAUAUGCAAUUUGAUGUGCCGCAUAAUACCAUUAAGGGUGAUUGUAUGAAAAAUUUGUUCAUAUCUGCACCAUCUGACACUGAAAACGAAAAUAGGUCAGAAUAUAAUUUACAAAGAUCGUCGCGAAACAAUAAUUUGAAUGUGCGCAACCAUAUUCAACAUUCCGAUAGUGCUGAGAAUUCUAGUUUCGAAGUAAGAAAUUAUAAAGGUUGCGAAGAUUUAGUAAAUAUGGACCAGAACAUGCAAAUGAAUCUAGUCAAUAAUGAAACGGAUUUUAUUUCAACAAGACGGAGUUUCCCAAAUUAUAGUGAACGUAAUAAUACGGUUCCAAAGUUAUGGAAAUCUACUGAGGAACAUUACUCCCGCGAAGAUGAAUAUAACAAUAAUAUGAUUAUGUCAGACUUGUUGCAAGUUCUCGAUCCGCCUUCGUCCAGACAAAGUCGCGACUAUCCUUUAGACUCAAUUAUUAUUGAGCCUCCACCCAUGUUUCGUAAUGAUGAUGAAGACCUAAAGAUUAUAAACGUUAAUCUAAACGCCAAUGUACCUUUCCGUAAACAUUCUCUUAAUUCUGACAAGAGAAUACGAAGAUCUAUGUCUAAAUCGAUGGUAGAGACAGAAAAUAAAAAGAAUAAUAAUAAUACACAUUUGGAAAGAAUGAGUUCUCAGUCUGAAACUUCAAAAGUACGACAAAAAUGCGAAUGUUGUAAUCGCUCUCUUUGUCCCAGUCCAAGAUCUUCUGACUCUGGCGUGGCCGGUAGUUGCAAUUUAGCAUCGCCCGAGCUAAACAUGCACGGAAACGAUUCCGACAGUCAUGAUAAGACAUCCGAUGAUAAUAUGAAGGACUCACUUAAUAAUUUAUCUCAAAGUACUUUUGAACAUCGAAAGCGGACCCUUUCAGAAAUAGAAGCAGCGCGAUUUGAAGAACAGUGCAGAUGCACUUCACCAUUUGGUUCAACAGCCAGAACGUCCUGCGUCACAAGCGUUACUUCGGAGACUAGCUUUGACGUUAAAGAUUUAUCCAAUACAAAUGUCACAUCCACGUUCGCCGCGAGUCCUCCAGUGCCCUCUAUACAAAUAAAACGUACAUCCAUCCGCAGAAAUAUCGAACGAUAUGUACCGGAAAUAAAACUAAAACCGGAAGUUCCUCCACGUAUUUACCGCAAGCCCAGCACGCAUAUAGAGUUUCCGAAAAAUGUUCGACAGCCGAUACCCUGUCAGUGGAGUACACUGAACAUAACCGAGCGAACUAAGCCCAGUUUGCACUAUCAUAUGCGUAUAUACAGAGAAAAACCUGAAGAUAAUAAUAGACCAUCGCGAAAAGAUAUAUCCCGCAAUUGUGAUUUAUUCAAUAAAGAUAACAAACAGAAGGAUAUCAAAUCUAACUUGGCUCAAAAGACGCGUUCUCGAAGUGAGGACAUGAGUAAAGUUCAGAAGGGCUUAACGGAAGCUCAAACAGGCUUCGUGGUGUAUCGUUCCGACUUGUAUGCCCAUUGGUGGAUGAAAGCGAAAUUACCCAUUACCGUGGUCACCGACUCAGGCAAGGAUCAUUUUUUUGUAAAGGAAACUGUUUGUGUAUCACUCGUU